AUGGACUUCUCCGGCGGUAGCACCAACGGCGGCGGAGUCGCGUCCAGGAGGAUGCAGGCCGAGCAGUGGCUGGAUAUUGCGGGGAAACUCCUCGCGGCGUGGGACCUUGUCGGCUGCAAGCGGUUCAUAGAGCAGACGGUGGAGACGAGCUCCUCGCCGUCACCAAUGUCCUCUUCUCCUCCCAGUCGCUCCUCCACUCGAGCCACGCUGACCCACUCGCCAUCCUCAGCUUCCCCCGACACCAACCACGCCGACCACGUCGCAGUAUCCUGCGCCUACCGCCGCCUCGCGCUCCUCUCCUCAAGCAGGGCAGCAACCCACCCGGGCACCAACGUCGCCCUCAGUCUCAUCCACGACGCGUACGCCAUCCUCUCUGAUCCCAACCACCGUCCGCGGCCCUCCUCUGCUGCCCUCGUCCCCCACCCUCAUGUUACCUCGUCCUAG